ACCUUGUUCAGCGUCAGAUAUACCUGACUAUUUUUGUUUAUAUAACUAGCGUAAUUUAGAUAUAAGUUUUUUCCUGUGAAACAAGCUUGAAAUAAAUUAUUAUUAUUAUUAUUAUACAUUUUAGCGUUUGUGGGUCACGACUGUUGAAAAGUGAUUUUGUCUCGGGUCCAGAACCGUUUAUCUAAUAAUACCAUUACCGUUUGACAAGUGACAAAUAAAAUAUAUAUAAAUUUUGUAAACCAUCACUGAUUUAAUUUAUUAUUUAAAAUUAAAUAUAUAAAUAAUAAUUAUUCUCAUAAAAUAUGUUUGUAAGCAUUUAGCAUCAAGUUAUUUCUUAUCAAUUAUAAUUUGUCAAUCAAUUUAUAGCAUUUACAACAUUUUUAAGUUUCUAAUGUCUAUCAGUGUCUUUAUUAUAUUCUUAAUACCAAAUAUGGCUUUUAAAUAUUUUUAAUACAGAAACAACGCUCUUAAGUCUAAUGAAUACUGUAAUAACGUCAUAAUUUGAUUAGUCUGCCGAGCUGACCAAUUGCUAGUCACUACUCAUAAGUACAUGAACACAUUCCCUUGCAGGUGUUAAUUAUGAAUUAAAGCUGUUUUGAAUAUUAAAUAAAACUCUUAUAAAAUGAAAUGCAAUAUUCGAGAGCUGUCUCUUUUAAGUGACAGGCCUUGUGUUAUGGAAGGAAGACUAAAUUAUAAAAAAGUUACAGGCAAUUACCGAAAUCAGACAGUUUUCAAAGAACGGUGGUUUAGAUUAAUAAAUAAUUACUUAUUUUAUUUCAAAAUAAGUGAAAUGGGGAAAUUUGACACCAAACAGCCAGCUGGUGUAUUUGUUAUGGAAAAUUCUUCGGUACAAAUGGAACAUGGUCACCAUAUUUCUUUUUCUUUCUCCAUUUCCUUUAUAGAUGAACCUGAAAAACGGCAUAUAUUUGCUGCUCGAAGCGAAGAUAAUGUGGUACAAUGGGUUUUGAAGCUAAGACAGUCUUCAUAUGAGUACUUAAGAAACCAAUUGCAUGCCCUUCAGUCUAAGAUAUACUCCAUUACUGGCAAGGACCCAUUGCUGCUGGUACCACGUAAUGAUGGUGCAUGUUUGUGGGCACCAUCUAUACCCUUUUCAACAGCUCCAGCAUGCACAGUCAACACAAACUCAUUCAGCUGUCACCUCCACACCAAUGGAGCCUUUACACUUGAGAGGAGCAAGUCAGAUGUUCAGGCUCACAAACACUUGAGGUCAGAAUAUCAGAACACAACUACAUUUUACACUGACAGCAUAAGUAAGGAAGAAAAACAAAGCUAUGCAUUGGAAAAAAGUAAGACAUCAGUCUUAACAGCUAGUUUGAAUCCCAUAGAUAUAUCUAUUUUUGACAAUAGACCCUUAUAUUCAAGAGCUGCUCCUAGCCCACCUGUAAGAACAAAGUUGUCUCCAAACACCAAACGUGUUGAAGCAAGUAAGGACUUCAAAAUGUUUUCGGAGCAAGGAAAGACUUUAGCUCAGAGUAGCAUUUUAGAUCCUGCUCCAAUUCCUCCUAGAAGAAAAAUAUUACCUAAACAAUCUAAUACAAAUUCAGGAAGUAAUACAAAUAGCAACAGUAGAGACUCUUUAGAUAUAUCAAAUGAAGAUUUAAUUCAAUUGUGAUUGUCUUUAAAGUUUACAAUGUCAUUCAAAAUGAAUUCACCAGCCUGACAUUUUUUUUACUUUGAACCCCCAAAGAAGUAUUAUAAUUUAACCUUCAGUAACAAUAAACAGUAACUUUGUACUAUAAAAUGAUAAAUAUGUACAUUCUAUGAAGUUCUUAGUGUUAAAGCUACUGUUACAUUAUUAUUCUCGUUUAGUUAUGUAGCAACUAGUAUGCAUAGCUUUAAAACUACUAGUCAAGAGUAAAGUUAAUCUCAGCAACUUUUAUAUGCUUUUUGUAUGUUUACAGUAUGGAAGGCCCAUUAGAUCUAGGAUUUGUAAAUGUAGGUCUUCAUUUGUUAAUAAUAGUUAAUUGGUGGCAAAAGAAGUGGUCAAUGUGUUUUAAAUUACCUUAAUUUAUGAUUACUACCAGAAUUGUUUUUUUUCUACCCCACAUCACAUGUAUUGAGGUCCCAUGUAUGUUGAUGGACAUCAUAGAUGUAAAAUACAGUAUAUUUCUAAUCUAUUGUGUGUGUAAAUUUAUUGUUAUUAGCUCCCAUGUUAAACAGACCAAUUCAGAUAUACAUUUUCUUUUGAGCUUUUAAGUUUUAAUAUUGCUUAUAUUAUUCACUCCCAUAUUGAGUAAUGAAUAAUAAAUAUUAUAUUUGUCGUAGAGUAGUUGUGAAUAUUUUUUAUUUAUUCUAUAACAAAAAUAACAUGACAAACUUAGAAUAUAAUAGCUUUUAAUAAAUAUUUUAAAGUA